AGGCAAUUUGUGGGAAAUUAGAGUGUGGGUAGCCUAUCUACAGUGACCCUUAAUACAUCCAUGACAGUGACAGUUAGAAAUCACAGACAGUUAAAGAAAGGAGAAAAUCAAUUGCAUUCUUACUUCCGGAACCGGCUGUGGGCGGGACUCGGGACUGUUACCUCAAUAGUCCCGCUCAAAAAUCCCAUUGAUUUUCUCCAUAAGGAUUUAGAAUGUCAGUCAUGUCUACCCUCUGAGGUAGACUGACCAUAGAUAAGAACCAAUAAGAACUGACCACAAGCUACGAUCUUAUGGAGAAAAACUACACUACCCACAAUCCUAAGCGUAACAGCAACGUCUCUGACUGGUCCAACUCGCUGUUACCAUAGAAACGUUUACCGUACCCGCGAAACCGCGAACGGCUAUUGCGAGCUUCUAUCACUGAAGUCUACCAUAGUUUCUGUACACGGUCUUGUUUUUACAUUUUAAAUGUUUUUUUGUUGCGCCGAAUCAAAUGUGUUACGCUCACUAUUCAUCUCAUAGCUGGUUGGCUUGGUUCCAGACUUAAAACUUAAGACUUAAAAUUUAAACGUCAGAGCCGUAAAAAAGUGGGCGGUCACUGUUGAGCAACCAAAGAUGAAAAAAAAUAGUCAACGUCACUCUGAUUGGCUGAGACAGCACAUCAUCAUAACCCAACCAGUAAACAGCACUCUGAUUCGCCGAGGCAACACGGCAGGCAUUGGGCGCGAUUUCGGUGUGUGUGUGUUCAAACAUUGCAAUGCAAACUAACGGCACAGCUUUUCAGCCUGCAUUUCUGGUGAACCCAUCGUUUUCCUCUAAACUGAAGGUAAGUUCGGUCAGCCUAGUGAAUUCUAUGUUCAUGUGUAUAUAUAGUGUUAUUUACGUGUACGUAGGUAGUUUAGCGUUAUUUUUCGUAAACUUCCCAAACCUGCUAUGGUUACAGCCGCGAAUGGUCAAGGGCAUUAGCAUGCCUUAACGGCACACAUUUUUUGUUUUGCGUUAGCUUGCUGCACAGCACUCUCGGUUCAUAUUCUGUUUCGAUGUUAUUUUAGCUGCCCACGAGAGAACAUGUGUAAUGUACAUGUAAACUGGUUGUAGCUUGCACUUUGAUUCAAAUUUGUAUGACUAUCUUAGGGUUGCUAACAGGGUAGGUAGGUAGCUAGCAAGCUAGCUAGCUAGCUAGCAGCUUGCCUUUUUGAGCGGCAAACUUGUCACGCACACAUUCAUUACUGACUGACUAGCUUGUUGCUAACUAGCUAGCGUCUGUAUGGGAUUCACAGAUGAUGCAAGGUUGAUUGAUGUUACCCUCAGUAAUUUUUGUAGUUCAUGAUAGGAACAUGAUACGUAUUGUUAACCAUUAGAAGUGUUUUGUCUCUGAUACCACUCCACUGGUACAAGAGGUGUACACUAGGUUGCAUGUUAUCUGGCAGCUAUGUAGCUAGCUACCAUUCUUUGCUAAAACCAAGCUAACUCGUUUUGGGUGUUCUAGGUUUUUUUUCUCCAACUCAUUCACUCUGAAUAUCGUCAGAAAUGAUGUGUGAAAUGUGUCAGGACACAGGCUGAUGCUGCUUUUCUGUAACAGAGGCAGCAAUUCUGAUGUAAAUCUACUCUUUGUUUAUUCUGGUAGAUUUUAUCCGUGCCACUGAAGAGUGGCCAUAGCAAAGUCCUUUUAGGCAAGUCCAUCCACUCGGUGGCCUUAUUACAACGUUUUUUGGGCACUUAUCAGGCAUCUAUUUCGACAGAAAUGCAGGCUUCAUGACACCACUCAACUCAAAGUGCGUAAUGUAUUUGUAGGCUCUAUGCUAUCUUAGUUUGUAACACUGAAACACUUAAUUGUUGUGUGAUGGAGAAUGAAACCUUUCAGGUGUUUAACCCAUUAUUUUUUGUAUCUCAGGUGCUGUAAGGAGUGAGGUGUCCUUCCCUUUUUAAGAGAGAAACCACCUAAACAAGAUGACUUUGAGAGUAAGACAGUGGCGAAAACGCCAAAGAGAACUGGAUCAACUGCUACGUUAUUCUGACGAUGAUGAACAAGAGGCCAUUGGAAAUAAUUGCAACAGUGUGCCUGGGACUCCAAGUAGUUGCAGCAGUGACGAUGUGCCUGGGACGCCAGAUAGUUUGAGUGACAAUGCUCUUGGGACAUCAGAUGAUUUUGACACUGAUGUGGACUAUUGGUCUACUGACUCGGAACAGGAACCAAAUGAAGCUGAAGUGACCAGCUUUGAGGACGAACUUAGACAGUGGGCCUUAGAGUACAGAUUGACACACAGAGCGCUUAAUGGUUUAUUGUCCAUAUUAAGAAAGCAAGGGCACCUAUUGCCUGUGGAUUGCCGGACACUCCUUGCUACACCACAGCAUAACACAACAGAGCCUAAAUGUGGUGGGCAGUACAAGUACUACGGAUUAGAAAAUGGUAUCUGUCGUUAUUUAAGUCAGAUGGAGAGUAAUGAUGUGCACCUCAGCGUAAACAUUGAUGGCAUCCCACUUUUCAGAAGUAGUGGUGUCCAAUUCUGGCCAAUACAGGUGAAGUGUGGCCAUUUUGAGCCAUUCAUUGUAGCCAUGUUUAGUGGACAAAGUAAGCCAAGUCCUCUUGAGGAGUAUUUAAAAGACUUUGUGACUGAAUACAAACAUCUCAAGGACAAUGGAAUAGUUUUUAAAGGCCAGACUUACACUGUCAAUAUUGAUGCUCUGAUUUGUGAUGCGCCAGCAAGGGCGUAUCUGAAAUGUAUUAAGGGUCAUACUGCCUAUGAGAGUUGUAAAAGAUGUUUAAUCAGAGGUACUCGUGUUGAGAGAAGAAUAGUUUUCAGUGAACAGGAAUGCACUUCUCGGACAGAUGACUGUUUCUCCAGAGUGGAGUACAGUAACCACCAAACUGGUAUCAGCCCCUUCAUUGCUGCAGGAAUUCCUUGUGUUAGCUCAUUUGUCUUAGAUUAUAUGCAUAUCGUCUGCUUGGGAGUAGUUAGGCGUCUGUUAAUUUACUUGACUCGUGGCCCAAAAGUCUGUCGUUUAUCUGUGAGGCAAAAGGAUGCGAUUUCUCAAAAACUAAUUGCACUGAGAGGGAAGAUGCCAAGUGAAUUUGCUCGACAACCGCGGGGUUUGCAUGAACUUGAUAGGUGGAAAGCCACUGAACUACGGCAGUUUUUGCUGUACACAGGUCCUGUGGUUUUGAAAACUGUAUUGUCCCCUGAAAAAUACAAACACUUCUUCUCCUUGAUGGUAUCCAUGUCGAUAAUGCUGGAGUCAGAUGAGCGGAUUCGAAAUGCCUAUCUCCAAUAUUCUCAUGAGCUAAUCAAACAUUUUGUCAUGUGCUGUGCUGACCUGUAUGGCAAGACUUUUCCUGUAUACAAUGUACAUGCACUAAUUCAUCUCCAAGAGGAUGCCAGCCACUUCAACUGUUCCUUGAAUGACAUUUCCUGUUUUCCAUUUGAAAACUACCUGCAGCAAGUCAAGAAACACGUGAGGAGCGGGAGAAGUCCCUUGGAACAAGUGACCAGGCGUUUGUCUGAAAUUGAGCAUUCAGAAGUGGACAAUAGCCAAAGACGCCCUGAAGUGCUUGUCUCUCUUAAAGAAAAGGACAGUUGUUUUCUUUUGAGGGACAACAGCUUUGCGUUUGUUCGACAGAAAAAUGCAGACGGGACUUUUGCUUGUGAAAUUCUGCGCCAGCGUCACACUUCACCAUUAUUUCACCAACCGUGUAGCUCUGGCCUUCUGAACAUAGUGUGCAUAGGAAAUGGUCAUGUCAGGAUGAAAAAUGCACUACUGCAAGAAAGGGAUCUGUUCCGGAAGGUGGCCUGCCUCCCACAAGAAGCUGGUGGUUUUGUCCUCAUACCCCUUCGCCAUGGUCUGGAACACACACAUUAAGGUUCAAUUUUCUUAUUCUUUUAGCUAGAUUCCAUCAGGGAUCAUCAUAGCUGAUCACCUGUUACCAUCAGUUUGUUUUCUGUAUCUUCCUCGGUGACUCUUGCAUGUCCUUUCUCACUGCAUCCGUAAACCUCCCCGGGCCUCUCUCUGUCCUCACAAUAUCCUACUCCCAACGUAACCCUCAUCGCUCUUCCGUGCAUGUCCAAACCGUCUCAACCUCUGAACUUUGAACUAAAAUGAAAAAAAACUUAAAGUAACAUGCAUAUGAUUUCCUUUCCAAGUCAUGUACACGAGGGCUGUUUGGAGGGAGGGUACC